AUGGACAAUGAAGCUAUAGAUACCACACAGAAAGCAUUGGGAGAGAAUACGAAACUUCAAGAACAACUCUCCAAGUACAUCCAGGACCUCGAAAAUGAGCAGGACCAAUUGGACAAACUCAUCAAUAACUUAUCCAAAGUCGAAUCAGCACUUCCUGAAGGCUCACCAAAUAAGGAGGCAGGAGAAGUCGAUACUGCGGUGUAUGGGACACACUUUGAAGGCUUGCGCCACACAUUAACUGCCAAGCAACUGGCGGGAGAUGCAUCGCCGUUUCGUAAAACAGUUGAACAACGACAGUGGUAUGAACAAAUGACCACCACGCGACCGUUCACAAGGGACGAAACAAGAUUGCUUCAUACAAGUGUUAUCCUAGAAAAUAAGCGUUUAUAUGCUCUGCGCGCUCAAGCGAGAGGAGAAAACCCAUUCACGACAGUACAACAAUUUCCCGAUUCAUAUUUUGACGUGAAUGACCCAGAGAUCAACUGGAACUCAGUGGCGCAAAAUAUGGACUCUAUUCCGCCCCGAAGCGCAGACCAAUGCCGUAUCAUGUAUGUUAGCACCGAGCUCCCUGCCAUCAGCCACUCAAAUUGGUCCUCAGAAGAAUACGAGAAACUGAAACAAAUUGUGGAGAUACACAACGAGGCUUCAUCCGAGCCGGUUGCAGACGUGGAAAGGGAUAGGGAGAAAUUGCGCGUUGAUUGGGUUGAAAUUUCACAGGAGUUGGGGACAAAUAGAACGACACUUCAGUGUCUCAGAAAGUUUGUAUUUGAACCUAGUCCACUUGAAGUUGCUUCGAAAGACAAGGAAAACCCAGGUGGUGGAACAUCCAAAGGUCGAGACAGGGCGGCGGGUAACCCAUGGAGCGACGACGAGGACAAGUUCCUACUCGAAGGCAUACAACGUCACGGAAUGGGCAAUUGGCCAGAAGUUGCUUUGCAUCUGAAUGCUGCGAUGGCGGGUAGACCAAACCAUGUGGCGCGUACACCCAACCAGUGCAGCUUCCGAUAUAGCAAAUCACUCUGCCCAACCAUCAAAAAAGGUAAAUGGACCAAGGAAGAAGAUCAAGCACUACGCAAAGGUGUUGCUUCCUUUGGCCGAAUGUGGACCAAAGUACAGGAAUACGUUCAGGGUCGGACUGAUGCUCAGUGUCGUGAGCGAUGGUCGAACAUGCUAGACCCAAGUCUGAAGACUGGACCGUGGGAGGAGGAAGAAGAUAAAAUCCUUUUUGAUGCGGCCAGUCAAAAAUUACCCUGGAGCAAAAUCUCCGCAUUACUUCCGGGACGGACUGACAGUCGAUGCGCGAAGCGAUAUCAGAUGCUGAUCAAAUUGCGGGAUGGUGGCUUAUCCCCUGCUGAAGCACAGGCUCAGGCGUCAAACCGGGGAAAGAAACGUAAAGAGGCUCAGGCAUCUCCACAAUCUCCUAGUGGAGAGGAGGCACCUGUGGCGAGUGGCGAUCUUGAUCGAGGCCCCUCUGAUAUUUCGUCGGCUAAUGGUGUGGCCGCGUCUGCGUCUGCUCCUAGAGCAAGACCGAAGCCUCGCCCGCGACCAAAACCUAAAGGACAAGCUAAAGUCGUGGUAUCCGAGGGCGGAAUGUUACAAAAUAAAAAAGGAAAAGCACCGGUUAACUCAUUGGAGGGCGUCCAAGAAAAUAACCAAGUGCAUGUGAAUGAAUGCGUGUCGAUAGAUGAACAAAAUACUGAAGCAACGAUAAAUGGUAUUGGAGGGGAUGGGCUAGGAGAGUUGGGAGAUAAAACUGCAGCGACCGUCAAAAUGCCCAAGGCCGCCACCACCACCAAAACCACCAAGGCUGCCAAGGAGCCAAAGGAGCCAAAGGAGACCAAAGAAAAGACGCCUUCGCCCUAUCAGCGGUUCAUGAAGGAGCGCCUUCCUACCUAUAAGGCUGAGCACCCUGAUGUCUCCCACAAGGAUGCCUUCCGUGCGGUUGCUCUCGAGUGGAAAGAUGCGGAUGCCAACCCCAACAAGGGCAAGGUUCGCGAGGAGAAGCCCAAGCCUAAGCCCAAAGAAAAGGCCGACAAGGAGGCUGCUCCCAAGAAGAAGCGGGCCACCAAGAAGGCUGCCCCCGUUGCCUCAAGUGAGGGUGAGGAUGAUAAGGAAGCUGAUGAGGAUGAGGAGUCCAGUUGA